AGUGGCUGUGACGUGUGCCGAGGCGGGCGGGCUGGUUUCCCGGCCGGGCGCCGCCGCCAUGCUCGACUUCUUCACUAUCUUCAGCAAGGGCGGCCUGGUGCUCUGGUGCUUCCAGGGCGUGCGCGGCCCCGCCGCCGCCUGCACCGCGCCCGUCAACGCGCUCAUCCGCUCCGUGCUGCUGCAGGAGCGAGGUGGCAACAACUCUUUUAACCAUGAAGCUCUUACACUUAAAUACAAACUGGAUAAUCAAUUUGAGCUUGUGUUUGUGGUUGGUUUUCAGAAGAUCCUGACUCUAACCUAUGUAGAUAAGUUGAUAGAUGAUGUCCAUAAGGAGUUCAGAGACAAAUAUCGCAAUGAAUUCCAGCAGAAAGGCACUCUGGGGCUCCUCAAUGGCACCUUUGAUUUUAAAGAGGAUUUUUUACACCUCCUCCAGGAGGCAGAGGAGAGCAGCAAAGUGCGAGCUCCCCCUGUCAUGAAGACAUUUGAGCAGUCUGUGAAAUCUCAGAAGACUGUCAAGUCCAUGAUAGAAACCCGGGGGGAGAAACCAAAGGAGAAAACCAAGAACAAGAAAAACAAAGGUUCAAAAAAGGAUGCUUCAGGAACUGAGGCUGCUACAGUCCCCAGUAAAGCAGCCCCAGUUGCAAAGCAGAACCCUCCUACAUCAGCUGGGGACAGGGAGGAACUGACCAAGGAUGAAAUCCUGCAAAAGAACCGGGAGGAAUUCUUCAAGAGACACAUGAAAGGAGGAGAGAAGUCCAGCAAGUCCCCAAAGCCUGAGACUCAAAAAGAGAAGGGGAAGAAACCCCGUGUGUGGGAUCUGGGGAACUCCAAUGCCAAAGUACUUGAUUACAGUAACUCCACUACCAACGGAAACACAGAGACUUGCGCUGCUGAGGAGUUUGACCCUGAUAUGGCCCUCGGAGAUCGGAACCGGGAGCCUGGCCGCCUCUAUGAUCUUGAAUAUGAGAGUGAUGAAGAGGAACCUGAAGAGGAGAAGGUUGCUCAGAACCCUUCAAAACCAGGUGCUAAGAAGGGUGGCUUGGGAGGCAUGUUCGGGAUGCUGAAAGGCUUGGUGGGUUCUAAAAGCUUAACCAGAGAGGAUAUGGACUCUGUUUUGGAGAAGAUGAAGGAUCAUCUGAUUGCAAAGAAUGUGGCUGCAGACAUUGCCGUUCAGCUGUGUGAAUCGGUUGCCAAGAAGCUGGAGGGGAAAGUGAUGGGGACAUUCACCACGGUGACCUCAACAGUGAAACAGGCCCUUCAGGAGGCCUUGGUGCAGAUCCUGCAACCGCAGCGCCGUGUGGACAUCCUGCGUGAUGUUAUGGACGCCCAGCGCCAUCAUCGGCCUUAUGUUGUCACUUUCUGUGGGGUCAACGGGGUGGGAAAGUCAACCAACCUGGCCAAGAUCUCGUUCUGGCUGAUUGAAAAUGGCUUCAGUGUCCUCAUUGCCGCCUGUGAUACAUUCCGCGCUGGAGCUGUGGAGCAGCUGCGCACUCACACUCGCCGCCUGAAUGCUCUGCAUCCCCCGGAAAGCCAUAGUGGGCGCAUCAUGGUCCAGCUCUAUGAGAAGGGCUAUGGGAAGGAUGCUGCUGGCAUUGCCAUGGAGGCCAUUUCUUAUGCACGUAACCAGGGUUUUGAUGUGGUCUUGGUGGACACUGCUGGCCGUAUGCAAGACAACGCCCCCUUGAUGACCGCCCUGGCUAAACUCAUUGCAGUCAACACCCCUGACCUGGUCCUCUUCGUCGGGGAAGCGCUGGUGGGAAAUGAGGCUGUUGAUCAGCUGGUGAAGUUUAACAAAGCCUUGGCUGAUUACUCCAUGGCCCAGACACCACGUCUCAUCGAUGGAAUUGUGCUCACCAAAUUUGAUACCAUUGAUGACAAGGUGGGAGCCGCAAUCUCCAUGACUUACAUCACAAGCAAGCCCAUUGUAUUUGUUGGUACUGGACAGACCUACUGUGAUCUGCGUAGCCUUAAUGCCAAGGCUGUGGUUGCAGCUCUCAUGAAGGCCUAAAAACCAAUUAUUGCACCAAAUCGCUGUUUGCAGAUAUCUCAGAACAUGCUUUACCAUGUGACUGACUAGUCUUUUCAGUGUAGUGCAAGACAGAAUGAAGGGAUCACAGAGCAAGGAGUUGCCAAAUCCACUACUUGCCUGUGAAUAAUCUCUCAUUGUGCUCCCCAAUGCAUGGUUUUAAACUUUGGAGGAGGUGGCUGCCUUUAAUCAUGUUGUGCUUACUCCAGUUGGCUACAUGCUUCCUCCAUAGUUACUGGAUAUACAACUUAUUUUUUGGUGAGGAUGUGUCUCCUGCUGGAGCUCUUUGACCAGACUAUCUCUGUGGCUGUCCACCAGCAAAGCCCUUUCUCCUAGAUUUCUUUAUUCUGUCUAAGUGACUCAGCCUUCACAGAGGCUGGAACCAGAGCUUUGUAUUGUUCAUACAGUGUGAAUGGUGACCUAAGGACUUGCAGCCUUUGGGGCUGCUCUGUCACUAACAAAGCAUCUAUGGACUGUUCAGUUUAGGUUGUUUAAAAGUAUUCUUGAUCCUGUGAGCCAGUCUGGAUCUUGUAGGUAGCACUGGGCUCAUCAGGGACAUGAGUGAGUUGCUCAUAAGACAGUUCUAGGCUAAUUGGCAUGGGCAAGUGGCUUGCUUUGGACAUUCAGUAGAGCAGGGAUAGAUGCUACUUAGUGACGGUUUUAGUGCAUCCACCCUGAUUAAUACUUGCUGCUAGCUUGGACUAUGGCAGCUCACCAAAGUUGCUAAACCAAAAAUUCUAAAUCUGCCCCUAUGCUUGUCAAGCAGGGGCUAUAGGGGAGUUGCUGAAGUUGCCUUAAGGUCCCUUGUUUCCAUUAUCAUGGGAUUCCUAAAGCAGGGCUAUCCAGAUGCUAUGUAAAAGUGGCAGGAGCCCGAGGAGUCAGUGUGGCUCUGAUACUGCAGCUCCCAGUGAGCAGCCUUUCAGCAUGGUCUGAGCAUCUCUGAUCCAGGAGACUUGUGGGCUGGAACUGUGAACUGCACUUCUGCCCACAGUGAAGGAACAUUGCCUGGAUUGUAGUAGGUAAGCUGGACUGCUUUAGAGGGAUACAUCUGAUUUGUACUGCAAGAUCCCCCUCUCUCCUCUCAUAGAAGCUGGUUUUCUACCAGCACUGACUCUGGCUGCCUAGGGGGGAUGCCUCCUAAUCACCUGGAGACCAAGGCAGAUGGAAGCUGUCCACACCAUUAGCUUCUGCCUCAAACAGGCCAGCUAAUGACAAGAAACAUCUCAAUGACAGUGGUGGCUGCUUGCUGCUUUCCUGCACCCUUUCCCCUUCCCUUUAGAGUGCCUCUUGAGCCUGGUCUAAAGUGCUACAUUGAAUAAUACAAAACUCUUAAGAUGUCUUGUAGCUCUGUACUGCAGAUGUGCUAUAGUGCAAUAAAUUGAAUGCUGUCUGCUGAGAGAGAUAAUUUAUAUAAAUAAAUUUCAUAAAUUUG